UCCCUUCUGCGGCCUCUGAAUACCUGCAGAAAUGGUCCGUUACUCGCUCGACCCCGAGAACCCGACUAAAUCAUGCAAGGCACGGGGCUCCAACCUGCGCGUUCACUUCAAGAACACCCGUGAGACCGCUCAGGCCAUCAAAGGCAUGCACAUCCGCAAGGCCAGCAAGUACCUGAAGGACGUGGUGGUGAAGCACCAGUGCGUUCCAUUCCGGCGCUACAACGGCGGCGUCGGGCGCUGCGCACAGGCUAAGCAGCACGACUGGACUCAGGGUCGCUGGCCCAAGAAAAGUGCGGAGUUCCUCCUCCACAUGCUCAAGAACGCCGAGAGCAACGCCGAACUCAAGGGUUUGGACGUGGACUCUCUGGUGAUCGAGCACAUCCAGGUGAACAAGGCCCCCAAGAUGCGCAGGCGUACGUACCGAGCCCACGGCCGCAUCAACCCCUACAUGAGCUCCCCAUGCCACAUCGAGAUGAUCCUCACCGAGAAGGAGCAGAUCGUCCCCAAACCGGAGGAGGAGGUCGCCCAGAAGAAAAAGGUUUCCCAGAAGAAGCUGAAGAAGCAGAAGCUCAUGGCUCGGGAGUGAAUGUAAAUAAAUUCCAUCGUUCAAACCACA